CCCCUUCCCCCUUCCCCCGUUUUCUCAUUCUCUACGGUUUCCUCGCCGAAGGCUCCAAAAAAAAAAAUGGCUGAUUCUUCCCCGGCUCCUGUUACCAAUGGCACCGCUGCGCCCGUCGCGACCUCUCCGCCUGCGGCAUCACCCCCGGGCGUGACUGGCACGUCCGCUCCCCCCGGAAAUGCAGCGGACGAGCCGGAGGCCCUUGAGGUUGCCGAUCCAGCGACGGAUACGGAUGACGACGGCUCUUCUAUUGAUGACCGAAUUUCAUCGUACACUGCUUCGAUCACAUCCAGCAUCGCCGAUUAUCCCACCGAGUACGGCCGGCGGUAUCAUGCGUUCCGUCCAGGGUCAUACUUGAUGCCCAACGACGAGGACGAGAUGGACCGUCUCGAUCUCACACACGCCAUGAUGCUGAAGCUUCUCGACAACAGACUUUACCAGGCGCCGCUGGAGAAGGACAAGAUACAAAAGAUCUUGGACAUCGGAACGGGCACUGGGAUUUGGGCGAUGGAAAUGGGCGACCUUUUCCCAAAUGCAGAGGUCUACGGCAAUGACUUGAGUCCCAUCCAACCUGACUGGGUUCCUCCCAACGUCAAAUUCGAGAUCGACGAUGUUGAAAGCCCGUGGUUAGAAGACAGAAAGUACGACUUCAUCUUCUGCCGGUACAUGAUUGGCGCCAUCGCAGAUUGGCCCAAGUUGGUCAAGAGUAUAUAUGAUAACUUGAACCCAGGCGGCUGGGCCGAGUUCGUAGACAUGAGCGCCGAGUACUACUCUGACGACGGAACAUUGAGAGAGGAGCAUGCCACACACAAGUGGAACAAGAUGCUCUUGGGCGGCAUUGUGAAAAUGGGACGAGAAGGUCGUCCGGGCCCCUUUCUCCAAGGCUGGGUCCGGGAUGCCGGCUUCGAAAACAUGUUCCACAAAAAGAUGAAAAUGCCCAUCGGCCCCUGGCCAAAAGACCGUCACCACCAGGAGCUAGGGUGGAUUAACUUGUCACAGGUCCUCCAAGGCCUCGAAGGGUUCAGCAUGAGAGUUUUGACCGGCGUCCUGGACUGGACCGCGGAAGAGGUGCAAGUGCUGCUGGCGCAGGUCCGCAAAGAGCUCAAGAACUUUCACGAGUUUCAUUCUCAGUUCGAUGUGCAUGUUGUGUACGGGCAGAAGCCGUUGGAGGCGGAAACCCAAGAGACUACCGAGACUGCUUGAUGCCCUUCACUAUCAAGGCUCCAGGAAAGUCGGUUGUCCUCCGCACCAGCUCACCGGUUUCUAUUCAUCACGAGGAGAAGUACUUGUUCGAGGCGCUGCUAUCCUUAGAAUUCGCCCGUUCUACACGCUUGCAUACGGUCGCAGGGAGUGGGCAGGAUUAGAAGGGCGAGGUGACGCGUCCGCGAGAGGCAUGUUCUCGCGACCAACGGGGCUAUGAUUCUCCUGCCAAAACCGACAUUAUCAAUAAACGCUGAUUGUUGAAAUACGAAGCAAAUUUUCUCAUCUAUAUAUGAUAUGCAAGGAAAUCCUAU